CGAACUCGCCAGAGUAUUCGAAGCUGCGACGAACAUAGGAGCCAUUGUGGAUGCUGUAGGAAGAAGCACUAGUGCUGAUGCGGGACAUGGAGGCGGACAAGGGGACCACGGAGGACAGCACGAUCCACUAGCACCAGAGCGUUUCUGGCACAUAGGGGCAGUAAGAAAAGCAUUGGAUGAUCGGAGUGAAGCAUUCGGUAGAAGGGGUGGUGAGGAUGAGAGCAGAACGAAGGGGAAUGCUAAUAACUCAUCCUCGUUUUCUUCUGGAGAGGAAGGGCCUUCUUCCGACGAGGAUGACGACGCAAACCUAGGGCCAGACCAGGAUCGAGGCUUGAUCUUGAGCGCUCAAGACCGAUUUAGAUUGAGGGAAAUGAGACUGGAAAGACGACAGCGGAGACAAGUGUUUCGUACAGUAUUAAGGUUUACAAUAUUGCAUUCCCCACAAGCAUCCUUGGCUUUUUUCAAUUAGAAAAUAAGCCAAGAAUGGUCUCCUGCGGAAUCAUGCAGGAGAAAUUGCGUAACCUCUAAUAGUAGCAAGGGUAGAAAGAGCGAGGACAGGGGAGGAUAGUUUUUACUUGCCUUUCUUAAUCCAUGCAGCGAAGAAAAACGAUUUGAAAGCGGGAAGUGCGAUGAGGCAAAAGCUCCAGGCGGCGACCUCUGUUAAGCCUUCCCCGAAUCCAUCUUUGCAAGCGUGGUCUUGGAGACGUUUUCAAGGGGAAACAAGAGGCCUCGGGAUGGGCUUCGAGAUGGAUUCGGAUCAGCUCGAAUAGAAACAAGAAGAGAGCUUUCGAAUUUAUUGACUACGCGACUGCGGUCAGGGAGAAGAACAAAAAAGUGAAAAACCUCUAUCAGCAAGCAGUCAGGGACUUAAAACUGUUGCUGGAGAGGAUGGAGGAGCAACGUCGAAAAUUGAUAGAGAACGAGCUUGGAGAAGUCGGGGAGGGCGAAAUUGAUAGUUACUACAAUCUUGUUUCCCAGUGGCAAGACGUUUUGAACGACACCGAUGCACAACAAGUGUUGAAUCAAGCCGCUCAACAGAUGUAUUUCGACGAUACCAAAUCAGGUGGAAGUGGAGGCGGUCUUCGAGGACAAGCAGCUGGAACAGCAGGGCCAUUAAAACUCAUAAAGACAGGACCAGGUGCAGCGGGAUCCCCAUCAUCUCCUUCUAACACCAACAAGCUAAACUUAAGGGUUCCCAGCACAUGAUUACAUCCCUCACUAUCAUGAUCCCUGACAGACUCUUUUAUUUCCUGUACAGGAGAUGAUGAUGAGUCAGGGACGUUCAUCUGAGGAAUGUAACUGCUCCGUAGCCUCUAAUAGACGUCAUCAAUCAACUCGAGAAAAAUCCUGCUUUAGCUGUCGGGGAUCCGGGAGAAGAAACACAAAAGGGAUUUCUCAGGCUGGCUCACUCUCUCCUAGGCAGAUUGCAGAAACGCGCAGCUUAUGCCACGAGAAAAGUUCAGAGUGAAGUUUUUGAUGUGCGCUUGACACUUGGGGUUCCGCCUGCUCGUGGGAUGCAUUUGUUGAUGGGGAACAGUCACGUGAAAAGGGACGUAGGGAACUUAAGAGCGCCUGUGGGAGAAGGCGGAAGAGGUGGGAAUAUUAAGGAGUAAAGGUGGAUGAUUUCUUUCGUACUAUUCUCGUUCUUGAUGUGGCUUCUUAUAACAUCAUCUAAAAAAUGGUUCGUACGGUUUUUCUUAGAUGUUCUUGAAAUGGCUUUUGUUACCAACGCCCAUAGCAUAAGAACUUCCCCACUGGAGCACCGCACUCUGCAGUGCCCCAGUGGGGAAGUUAGAUGAAAUGGCUUUUGUUACCAACGCCCAUAGCAUAAGAACUUCCCCACUGGAGCACCGCGCGCCGUUUCCUCCAUAAACCAACUUCAUUUCAUCUAAUUUCCCCACUGGAGCACCUCAGACCGACGAGCCAUCUUCUCUGGGUCAGGUUUUUCGGACAGUGAUGCAGAAGCACAACAACUUCAACCUGGCAGGAGGUGGAUCCCAUGGGGAGAGCAAGAGCCAGCAGCCAUUGUUGUUCUACAAUAAUGAGGUUCAUCACGACAGGCGGAUGAAGGCACCACCGUCUGCGGAUGAGCGGCCAGGAGUUUGUUCUAGAAGUGGUGCAGGAGGAUCUCUUUCUUCAUCAUCUCGUGGAAGAACUAGUACUGGACGUGAAUUUAGAGCAACAACAACUUCCAAUAAUAUCAUCCCACGAGGACCUUCUUCAACAAGGAAGAUAUUUUUAUCUUCCGCCUCUGCCCGAAUACAAGCAGCAGCGCCUCCUCCCACAGUUUUCUUCUAUGGCGAGGUAGAGCCAGAAAAGACGACGAGAUUGAUAGAUGGCUACGUGUCUGGCACGCAAACUGGCAGUACGAAGAAGAUGAGUGGGGAGGACUACCACGACUUGGCGGAUGAGAUAGCGGAGGUGGAGAGCUUGUGCGCCUCUAGGGAUUCUGAAGAUGCUUCAUCUUCAGCAUUCUCGUCUACCAGAAGAUCCAGCACAACACCAUUUGCAGGCUUGCUGUUAGCGGCUUGUAAAAUAGUCAGCCAGUUUCGAUCCGACGCUGCAGCACUCGAGUGGGAGUUGCUAGCCCAGUUUCAAGACGAUCGAUUGCACAAGCUGGAGAAGGCGAGAGAGUCGAAAGACCUGAUAAUAACGACACUGGAAGCUAGAUUAGAGUUAUGUUCUUGAGAAGAGAAUUUUUGGAGGUGGAAGUACUUUUUCUAAUAAGCUUGCUAGAAUAGAUGUGGACUUAAAGCUCUCUUUCCAUUUACAUAAUAAGCUUGCUACAACUCAGUCCUCCUACUUGUUGUUGAGCGUCGUCGUCAUGGUUUCAAUGUCUUUCACCUCUAAUCUCAGCUAUCGCCCUCAGCGACAAAGAACGUCUCCAUGUUGGCGAAAUCGAACGGUUGGAGACCAAAGUCGUCGAAAUGGAGGACCGCUUAAAUGACGAGAAGCGACAUAAAAAGGAGAUAGAGAAACGAUUAGCGAAACGAGAUAAGAUGUUGGAGAAGAUGAUGGCUGAUGCACGAUCGAAAAAGCAUCUGGAAGAUGUCACCGGAGGAUAUUUCUCUGGAGUGAAUAUGUUCAAAACUACUACGAAUGCCUCCAUAAGGAAUGAGCAGGAAGAAAGUACUGAGCAGGUAGUAGCGCCACCAGCAACAACAGGAGUUGAACAGCCAGUGCUCUCCACUGCAAGUGCAACACCAGCAUCCUUGCGUAUUUCUUCACGUCCUCGUAGAGACACAGCAGACUCGAGUCAAUUUUUGACGCCACUCGCUACUAUGGCUUCUUCGGAGCAAGUUAAGGCUCCAUCCCCUAAUCCAUCUCUUCCAGAGGCAUCCUGGGGAGGCUUAUUCCAAGGGCAAGGAUGCGUCUCGCGAUGGAUUACGGCGACUUUUAAGCAAGGGGUUGAAGCGGAAGAUGAGGAAAUUGAUGAACAAGUAGUCGUGCCUGAACAAGUAGUACGAAAGAACGGACAACGCGAUGAAGUAGAUUCAUCAUACCAGGAGUCGAGAAGUGCAGGGGAGGUAGUCCUACCAGCAGAAGAUCAGUGGUCGUCUACACGGACAAGUGCUAGGAACGAGCUAGCGCCAUCAGAAAAUGAGGAAGAUGAAGAGGCUGCGAAUUCGAAUAUGCCUGAAGGUUCUCGCAUACCUUCUUCCGGAGAAGGAGGUGCUGGCUCAUCUUCUAUGUUCCAUUUCUAUGCGGCGAAAGACGACGAGGAUGUUGACGCGGUGCCAGAGCCAACCUCUUCUAGGAGAAAGAAUAGUCAACAGCAAGAACAACAAUUUCCAACCAGCAUAACAAUCCCAACCACGACGACCACCACCGCCACGACUGAGAGGGCCAUCUACAAACGGUAUCGAGAAGCCUUGAAGCAAGAGCAAGAACAGAUAUUAUCCCAAGCUGCUGACGUCGCAGAGGAACAAGAGGAGAUGACUCCAACAGCGAGAGCGGACGUACAAGCACUGCUUGAGGAAGUGGAUAGCUUGAUUGGGAGAAGAGACGGGGUAACGUGAGGCAGUAGAUGGGGAUAGCUUGAUUGGAGAAGGGAUGGAGGGGUGACAUAAGGAAGUUGGUGGGGAUUUGAUACAUUGAGAAUAUUGCUCAAUCGAAGAUCGUUUAAAAAUAGCGAAGAUCAAGAUCGUUUAAUAGCUUUAGCUAGUAUGGUAUAGAAAAUUGCGACGUCAAAAAUUGUAUUGUUGUAUUAAUGCUAAAGAUCGUAUGGCAGUCUUAAAACGUUAUUUUAGCAAAACGUUAAAAGUUGAUUUUUUAAAAUAGCCGACUAGAUUCCUAAGAAGUCAAUUUUUAACGUUUUGCUAAAAUAACGUUUUAAGACUGCCAUAGAUCGUGAUUGGUUUCCUUUUCAUGACAAGUUUCGUCAACCAGAGAUUGAUGUUGUUUCGACAAGUUUCUACAAAGAGUUACAAAUUUGUGGAAGAUGCCACAAAUAUCAUGGGUUUCCGUUUCGAUAGAGAUUAGUUUCAAGUAGGAUUACGAGUACAACUGUUGCUGACGAUGCAGCUGGUACCGGUUUCGCUUUGGUUACUACAAAUAGAGAUUACAAACACAUAGAGAAUACAAAGAGAGACUACACUCACAGCGACGCUGCAGUAGCUAAAGCUACAGUUCUUUUUUUCGUCGUUUUUUCGUGGUCGCUGGAUAAUUUCUUGAUGCAGCAA